GUGGUGCUGUCGCGGCAGUACGGCUCCGAGGGACGCUUCACCUUCACCUCCCACACGCCGGGCGAGCACCAGAUUUGCCUCCACUCCAACUCCACCCGCAUGGCACUCUUCGCCGGUGGCAAACUGCUGGCGGGGCUGCGGCUCCGCGCCCGCCAGCUCCGCGACCAGGUCGAGCAGAUCCAGAAAGAGCAGAACUACCAGCGGUACCGGGAGGAGCGUUUCCGCAUGACGAGCGAGAGCACC